AACAUCACAGAGGAGGAUGAGGAAUGGACUGCUGAAUUGGGAUUUAUUGCAGACUCAACUGUACAGCGCUGCUCAUUGCUUCAUCUAUUACUAGUUAUUUAAAUUGGACUUUUAAUAUCCUGCCAGCUGCUGUCCACACACACAUGGUGCAUUGUUGCCAUUCUCAGAAUUGCAUCUUUGAAACCCAGGCCCUCAGUAACCUUCAUCGAAGAAAGAGGCGACCUCCUGCGUACAUUUGUAGAGGGAGUUUUUGGCCCUGCUGCCCUCUGGCUUUCUGGCUGGUGCUGUGUUUCUGAGACACUAUGGAGCCCAGUAUGGAGUACUGCUUAGCACAGGUGCUGCAGAAGGAUGUUGGAAAAAGACUUCAGGUUGGCCAGGAAUUGAUAGAUUAUUUCUCAGAUAAACAGAAGUCAGCUGAUCUUGAACAUGAUCAGACUAUGCUGGAUAAAAUGGUUGAUGGACUGGCCACUUCUUGGGUAAAUUCCAGCAAUUAUAAGGUGGUUCUCCUGGGGAUUGACAUCAUCUCUGCACUUGUGUCCCGCUUGCAAGAUCGCUUCAAGGCCCAGAUUGGCACAGUGCUGCCAAGUUUACUUGAUAGGCUGGGAGAUUCUAAGGACUCAGUGAGGGAGCAGGAUCAGACCUUGCUGCUGAAAAUCAUGGAACAAGCUGCUAACCCUCAGUACGUGUGGGACAGGAUGCUAGGUGGAUUCAAACACAAGAAUUUUCGGACAAGAGAAGGGAUUUGCCUCUGCCUUAUUGCAACACUCAAUGCAUCUGGAGCUCAGAGUUUAACACUGAGUAAGAUAGUGCCACAUAUAUGUAACUUACUUGGAGAUCCAAACAGCCAGGUUCGAGAUGCAGCAAUAAACAGCCUUGUGGAAAUUUACAGACAUGUUGGUGAACGUGUAAGGGCUGAUCUCAGCAAAAAAGGAUUACCCCAGUCUCGGUUGAAUGUAAUUUUUACGAAAUUCGAUGAGGUCCAAAAAUCUGGAAACAUGGUCCAGACUUCAGUUGAUAAAAUUUUUGAUGAUGAAGACUCCGUGGAUGGGAACAGACCUUCCUCAGCCAGCUCCUCUACAUCUUCAAAGGCGCCUGCAAACUCCCGCAGAGUUGGGAUGGGCACCACCCGCAGACUUGGCUCUGCAGCCCUGGGCUCCAAGUCUUCAACAGCCAAAGAGGGAGCAGGUGCUGUGGAUGAAGAAGACUUCAUUAAGGCAUUUGAAGAUGUCCCAACUGUUCAGAUCUAUUCCAGCCGGGAUCUUGAGGAAUCCAUAAACAAGAUCAGAGAGAUACUAUCAGAUGAUAAACAUGACUGGGAACAGAGAGUUUCUGCGUUGAAAAAGAUCCGUUCCUUACUUUUGGCUGGAGCUGCAGAAUAUGAUAACUUUUUCCAGCACUUAAGACUUUUGGAUGGAGCAUUUAAAUUAUCUGCUAAAGACCUGCGGUCUCAAGUCGUACGAGAGGCUUGUAUCACCUUGGGACAUUUGUCAUCAGUUCUGGGAAACAAGUUUGACCAUGGGGCAGAAGCCAUCAUGCCAACAAUUUUUAAUUUAAUUCCAAAUAGUGCCAAAGUCAUGGCCACUUCUGGUGUUGUAGCAGUUAGGUUAAUCAUUCGACACACGCACAUCCCUCGGUUAAUACCCAUCAUAACCAGUAAUUGUACCUCCAAGUCUGUUGCAGUUAGAAGGCGCUGCUUUGAAUUUUUAGACUUGCUGUUGCAGGAGUGGCAAACACACUCCUUAGAAAGACACAUAUCAGUGUUAGCUGAAACAAUAAAGAAGGGAAUUCAUGAUGCAGACUCUGAAGCCAGGAUAGAGGCUAGAAAGUGCUACUGGGGUUUCCACAGUCACUUCAGCCGAGAGGCAGAGCAUUUGUACCACACCUUGGAGUCCUCCUAUCAGAAGGCCCUGCAGUCACAUUUGAAGAACUCUGACAGCAUCGUGUCCUUGCCACAGUCAGAUCGCUCCUCCUCCAGCUCCCAGGAGAGUCUCAACCGUCCACUGUCUGCCAAAAGAAGUCCUACUGGAAGUACAACAUCAAGAGCAUCUACAGUAAGUACAAAAUCUGUGUCAACACCAGGAUCUCUGCAGCGAUCCCGCAGUGACGUCGAUGUGAAUGCAGCAGCUAGUGCCAAGUCCAAAGUGACGUCUGGAGCAUCCGCCCCCUUCAGUUCUGCUGCAGCCUUGCCCCCAGGGUCAUACGCCUCACUAGGUCGGAUUCGCACCAGGAGGCAGAGCUCUGGCAGUGCCACCAGCGUCACCUCAACGCCUGCUGAUACCCGAGGCCGCAGCCGGGCCAAAGUAGUCUCACAGUCCCAGCGAUCCAGAUCAGCUAAUCCUGCUGGUGCUGGUAGCCGCUCUAGUUCUCCGGGUAAGCUCUUAGGAAGCUCCUACGGUGGCCUGAGCAGUGGAACAUCCAGAGUCCAGCCAGUGCCAUCGUCCUCAGAGAAGCGCAGCAAGAUUCCUCGGAGCCAGGGCUGCAGCCGGGAGACGAGUCCCAACAGAAUAGGCCUAGCACGGAGCAGUCGUAUCCCCCGACCCAGCAUGAGUCAGGGGUGCAGUCGUGAUACCAGCCGUGAGAGCAGUCGAGAUACAAGCCCUGCUCGGGGCUUCCCUCCGCUUGCUUCUCGACGUCAUUCCAGGUCCACUAGUGCUCUCUCCACUGCUGAUUCUGUUGGGCAGUCAGACCGGUUUGGACUCGGACAGCCAGGCAGGAUGCCUGCUUCUGUGAAUGCCAUGCGAGUCCUGAGCACCAGCACAGAUCUGGAGGCUGCUGUGGCCGAUGCACUGCUGUUAGGAGACUCCAGGAGCAAGAAAAAGCCAGUGAGAAGAAGAUACGAGCCCUAUGGGAUGUACUCUGACGACGACGCCAACAGCGACGCGUCCAGCGCGUGCUCGGAGCGCUCCUACGGCUCCAGGAACGGGGGCAUCCCUCACUACCUGCGGCAGACCGAGGACGUGGCCGAGGUCCUGAACCACUGCGCCAGCUCCAACUGGUCUGAAAGGAAAGAAGGGCUCAUAGGUCUCCAGAACUUACUCAAGAGCCAGCGGACACUGAGCCGAGUGGAGUUAAAAAGGCUGUGUGAAAUAUUUACUCGCAUGUUUGCUGACCCUCACAGCAAGAGAGUCUUCAGCAUGUUUCUGGAAACCCUGGUUGAUUUCAUCAUCAUUCAUAAGGAUGAUUUGCAGGAUUGGCUUUUUGUUCUCCUGACCCAGUUGCUAAAGAAAAUGGGAGCAGAUUUGUUGGGGUCUGUGCAGGCAAAAGUUCAAAAAGCUCUGGAUGUCACCAGGGAUUCUUUUCCAUUUGAUCAGCAAUUUAACAUUUUGAUGAGGUUUAUUGUAGACCAGACCCAGACACCAAACCUGAAGGUCAAAGUUGCUAUCCUGAAGUAUAUUGAGUCCUUGGCAAGACAGAUGGAUCCAACAGACUUUGUCAACUCCAGUGAGACAAGACUUGCUGUAUCUAGAAUUAUAACUUGGACUACAGAACCAAAGAGCUCAGAUGUGAGAAAGGCAGCACAAAUAGUCCUGAUUUCUCUCUUUGAAUUGAACACUCCUGAGUUUACCAUGUUACUUGGUGCCUUGCCAAAAACAUUCCAGGAUGGUGCUACCAAGCUCCUGCACAACCACCUCAAGAACUCCAGUAACACCAGUGUGGGCUCCCCCAGCAAUACCCUUGGUCGGACUCCUUCCCGGCACUCCAGCAGCAGAACCAGCCCCUUAACUUCACCUACCAACUGUUCCCAUGGUGGACUGUCUCCAAGUCGGCUCUGGGGUUGGAGUGCAGAUGGGCUGUCGAAGCACCCCCCUCCCCUUUCUCAGCCUAACUCCAUCCCCACUGCUCCUUCCCACAAGACUUUCAGACGCUCUUACUCUCCCAGUAUGCUGGAUUAUGACACGGAGAACCUAAACUCUGAUGAAAUCUACAGCUCUCUUCGUGGAGUCACAGAAGCGAUUGAGAAAUUUAGUUUCCGUAGUCAAGAGGACCUGAAUGAGCCAAUCAAACGUGAUGGAAAGAAAGACUGUGACAUUGUGUCUCGAGAUGGUGGCCUUGCUCUCCCUAGUGGUGAUGUCCGUGGGAGCAGUGACAUUGUGGAAGGGGGAAGGAUGGCUCUGGAUAACAAAACCUCUCUCCUGAACACGCAGCCUCCCCGCGCCUUCUCGGGGCCCCGCGCUCGGGAGUACAACCCCUAUCCUUACGCUGACACCAUUAACACUUACGACAAGACUGCUCUGAAGGAGGCAGUGUUUGAUGAUGACAUGGAUCAGCUUCGGGAUGAAGUACCCAUUGACCAUUCGGAUUUGGUGGCUGAUCUUCUGAAAGAGCUCUCCAACCACAACGAGCGGGUGGAGGAGCGGAAAGGAGCUCUCCUGGAAUUGCUAAAGAUCACAAGGGAAGAUAAUCUUGGAGUUUGGGAGGAGCAUUUCAAAACCAUUCUGCUCUUGCUGCUGGAAACACUUGGAGACAAAGAUCAUUCGAUAAGAGCGCUGGCGCUGCGCGUGCUGAGGGAGAUCCUGCGGAACCAGCCGGCGAGGUUUAAGAACUACGCCGAGCUGACUAUCAUGAAAACACUGGAAGCACAUAAGGAUUCCCACAAGGAGGUCGUCAGAGCUGCUGAAGAAGCUGCUUCCACCCUGGCGAGUUCCAUCCACCCUGAGCAGUGCAUCAAGGUGCUUUGCCCCAUCAUUCAGACUGCAGAUUAUCCAAUUAACUUAGCUGCCAUCAAAAUGCAAACGAAAGUCAUCGAGAGGAUUUCCAAGGAAUCGUUGCAUCAGCUCCUACCUGAUAUCAUUCCUGGGUUGUUACAGGGUUAUGACAACACGGAGAGCAGUGUCCGAAAAGCCAGUGUAUUUUGCCUGGUGGCUAUUUAUUCAGUAAUUGGAGAAGAACUGAAACCUCAUCUCGCACAACUCACAGGAAGCAAGAUGAAGCUACUAAACUUGUAUAUAAAGAGGGCACAGACCACCAACAGCAACAGCAGCUCCUCUUCAGAUGUUUCAACGCACAGUUAAUGGAGAUCUGUGGACAUAUGUGUAGACUUAGAAGCAAUCAACGGUGCCUCUCAGAGACCUUUCUGCUCCUCUUCACUGGCACGCUCCAUCAGCUUCAUGAGGCCAUGCAGAUAUUUAUUGCAAUCAGUAUUUUAGUCCCUUAAAAGCUUUUAUGUAGAAUCUUACUGGUAUUGAAUGUAAAGGAAGCAAGGUCUGUGUCGCAGUCUUUAUUAAAAGUGAACAUCAGAAAGCCAUACUUAAACAUAUUUGUAUAGCCUGCUGAAAUCUCAGAAAUAUGUUUAGGUUAGCAUUCUAACACCGAGUCCAAGAACCUGGACACAGGUAAAACUCAAACAAAUUUUGUUGGUUUAGUUCAUACCCAGUUUUGGUUUCUGUGUGCUAGUUACCUGCCCUCUCCCCUCACCCAUUCUGGCUGGGUCCUUCUCUUCUUUCAAGUCUUGUGUUCCUGUUUUGUACUCCCUAUCACAGCUCGCCUAACUUGCAGGGCUCUCCAUGGGGAGAUCUUUGCAGGUGUGGCUGUGAUUCCAGCCUCAGAUGCUUUAAUACUGAGAGAUACCAAGUGAGUAACGAAAAUGUAGGUUCUUUUUAAACAUCUGAGUUUUGUACAUAGUUCUGACAGACCCCAUAUGGGCUGAUCUCUCUGUAACUGCUCUCCAGCCAGCUGUGCUGUCCAUAAAAGCUGGGCUCUUGCUCUUUUCAUUGACUUUGUAAAUACUUCUCCCCUCUCCACCCAUUUGGCUCUUUCAUGUGUUCGAAAGACUCUCCAGGUUACCUAGUACUCCCCAAAGGGAACCUGAGACCCCGUGCUGGGACAGAUGUCUGCAAAUAGGAUGGUGGGGUGGGUUAGGCUCUGAGUGUGUCAGUGGGUGGGCAGUGGGAGCUGGCAGAGCUGUACUUCAGUGCCAGCUGUUUUCCUUGAAAUCUGUAGCAUCAAAGGGCUGAUCUGCUGCUCUGAUGACCCACUGGUGCUGCAUGCCUUUGUCCCCACAACUCCUUUGCACUUGGGGCAAAAUGUUCAUCCCAGAGGACAGAAAGGGUGUCUGAAUCUGAACAGAAAUACCACGUGGAAGCACCUCUGAGCCAGCUGGGACAGUGCUGGGUGCUUGCCACAGCCCCUCCUGUUCCUGAAGACCCUGCAGUGCUGUUAACUGCCUUUAGAAGCCUCCUUUGUGCCAUCUCCAUGCCCAGGCCUGCUGAAUGCUCUGUGUUUCGGAAGAGUGGGGGUCUCUCACUGGGCACUGCUGACAGCAGGGUGCUCUGGGUGAGGGUGCAGCAGGGAAAGUCCCUUUGCAGCCUAAUGACACAGACCAGGUCAGAGGCAAACCAGCAGCAAUCAAAUACCCCAUGACACCACCCCUCCCUGAACAGAGACCCUUCUUUUUGCAAAGGGGGAGCUCCCCCUGGGUCUGCCUGUAACCAGGGAAGGCAGGAGGUUGCUAAUUAACGUGCUGUGUUUGGCCCUGGGCUGGAUCCUGGCUGAUGGGCAUGCCCACCCCAAACCUGCCAUGGAUCUCAGCUGGGUUUUGCUCCCAGUGCCAGUGAUGCAAGAGGAUGUUGGACUUGCAGCUUAUGGCUGCAGCUGUGGUGAUGGAUGUGUGUUCCCUGGCUGCUCUCAGUGCCCUGGAGUCUCUCCAGCUUCCUCCAUCUCCCCUUUAGGGAGCUGAAGGGACACCUUGGGAACAUACUGAGGGCACGAGACUCCAUUACUGCAGCAGGGGAGGGUAAAGCCCCUUCCAUCAAUUAUCCCUGUGUGUUUCAGCCCCAUCCCUGAGGAGCUAAGCUGGGACCUGGCACUUGGUGCCAGCUUUUCUCCCAAUCCUCGUCUCAGGAGGGAUCUGGGCUGGUGAGGCACUGUGUGGCACUGGGCAGCAAAGCUUGUUGGUCCCUUUCCCUGCUCACCUGAGAGCAGGGGAGGUGACCUGCUCCUGGUCCUGCGUGCAGGCUUUUGCUGGCUGCAGGGCUAGUUCCCUCAUCUUUCCCAACCAGUAAUGCUAUGGCAGGAGAAACCCUGUGCUUUCCUGGGGUGUGGGAUUCCCCCAGAGUCUUUCCACAGGCUCAGAACAGCCAUCCUCUCUAAGGGGGGGAUUGGCUGCUCCAUGGUUCGUGUCUGCCUUUCCGUGGACCAUUUCUUUUCCACAUCUUUCUGUAUGCUUGUUAGAAUGCUGUUUUUUAAUUCUUUUGAAUGCUUCAAAUUUGAUUUUAACACAAAUUUAUUUUUCCUUUUGAGGAAAUACUCAGUUGACUUGUUGGCAGCAGUUAAGCUGUCCUGUUUGAACUUUUAGUAGCAGACUAGAUUUUUUGGGGGUGUUGUUUUUUUUUUUUUUUGUUUUGUUGGUUUUUAUUUUUUUUAAAUUGUGCUCUGAACUGCUUAGUAUUUAUGCCUCUCUUUCUCCCCAUCUCAGCUCAGCAUCUUCUGUUCCAGUUCUGGGGUUCAGAAGGUCAGCAUAGCUGACCGGGUGGUGCUGUCGCUCCCAGCUGUGAUGGAGCUUGGUCUAUCAUCAUUUGCUGUUUGUUGGUUUUGAUUUUUUUUUUCCUUUCCAUUGAAUGGCACACUGUAGCAGAUCUCCAGGAAUUGAAUUCCUUCUCCAAUGAUUUUAUAUGUUUUAUAAAUGCUGUUGGUAUGCACUGAGAGUGAACGCACUGUACGGUCCCUGGCACCUGGUCGGGGCCGAAGCUCGUCCUUGAAAAGGCGCCUGUGCAAAGGGCAGCACCAGGCCUUACUUCCUCAAUCAGAUCCACUUCUGUUUGUCAACAGAUGCUCAUCAAUGUGCUACUUAAUUUCACUGCGUGAGUGGAGGACUGUCCAUCCUUUGAGUACUCCAGGAUAUGUUCUACCUGUGCACAGUAGGAGCAUUCUGCUUAGGUAUUUAUAAAUCAUCGCGGAUAAUGUACAUAGUAGGGCUGUUUAGGAUGUUGAACAUGACCCAGUUUUUAUUUUGUGUUUCCUUUGAAGUACUCAAAGGGCUAGCUCUGAAUGUCACCUCUCUGAUCUCCAGUUUUGACUUCAACAAGCUGUACAAUCAUCUUGUUUUCUCUUCAGCAAGCAUAAAGGUCUCUCUGGCAAAUCACAGUGUCCACGCAGGCUCGCAGAGGAAGGUCUGCAUGCUGCAGUGCCUCACUGCUCCAGUGAAGCUUGUGUUCACCUUCUCCUGGCAGUAGCCACCUACUGCAGCUGCCUUUUUUUUUCUUGCUGCCCAUUAUGCAGGGCUUCAAUUUUUCGUACCUUUAAAA